CCCCCCCACCCCCUCGUGAAAUGUCGAAACCUCUGGUGCAGAUCCUGCCGCCGGAUGUCCCCUCAGGGACCAGCCCCCACUUCGGGGCCCCCAGCUCGGUGGCCGGCGGCCCCCAGGCUGGCCCCCUCACCUCCAUGACCAACCUCAAGACCCUGCUCCAGCUGCCAAUCAAGGCCGACCAGAGGGGCCACAAGGACUGCUGCGAGAUGAAAGACCGAGAUAAACCAUUGGACUCGGAUGAGGACUCGCUGGGAAUCGGGUCCGGAGGGCCCAACGGACUGGGGGGCAGCCUGGGCUCGGGCCCCCUGCGUCCCAAUUCCCAGUCGGCAUUCCUGGGGCCCCUGUUGUGGGAGCGGACCCUGCCGUGCGACGGCGGCCUCUUCCAGCUGCAGUACAUGGACCUGGAGGAGUUCCUGACCGAGAACGGGAUGGGCAUGCACGGCAACGGGCCCAGCUCGGCCAGCGCCAAGAUCCCGUCUCAGAGUUCUCAGUCAGCCGUGCCCAACCAGAGCUCCCAGUGCCCCCCCAGCUCUCCUCCAUCAUGCUCCUCCUCGUCCUCCUCCAUGUCGUCUUCCUCGUCCUCGUCCUCUCUGCUGGGACUGGAGACCGUGCAGCCACCGCCCCAACAACAGCAUCAAGCCAUGAUUGGAGCACCUGAGUGCGUACACGGCGGUCAGGCCGUGCCACAGAAUCCCUCCCCAACUUCCACCGGCCCCCCUGGAUCGGAGGGCACUCCGGCACCCGCCAACAGCACCAGCGACGUGCAGGUGAACUUUGACCCCGACCCGGCAGACGUGGCGCUGUCCAGCGUGCCGGGCCAGGAGGCCUUCGACCCGCGCCGGCACCGCUUCAGCGAUGAGGAGCUGAAACCUCAGCCCAUGAUCAAGAAGGCUCGCAAGAUGCUGGUGCCCAAUGAGCAGAAGGACGAGAAGUACUGGUGCCGCCGCGUCAAGAACAACGAGGCGGCAAAGCGCUCGCGGGACGCCCGCCGCCUAAAAGAGAACCAGAUCUCGGUGCGGGCUGCCUUCUUGGAGCGGGAGAACGGCGCCCUGCGACAGGAAGUGGCCGACAUGAGGAAGGAGCUGGGCCGCUGCCGGAACAUCAUCAACAAGUACGAGAGUCGCCACGGCGACCUGUGAGGAGGCUGAGGGAGCUUAACGACAACAGCACUUUAGAGGAGGAAGUGUGGCGUUGACCAGCAGGCGGCGCCGUGCCACAUGUCAUUUUAGUGCGUCCGUCAGGGCAGGAUAAGUCCGCCCACUCCCCCCCCCCAUCCCCCAUGUAGACAUCACCUCAUGUCACACAGUUGCUCCACCCACUUUUAGGAGGGGGUGACGUCACUUUUAAGAUAAAGGUCGGGAGGGGGGUCGUCUUUUCUAUGUAUGAAAAGUAUUUUUGACAGAAAGGAGGGGCAGGGCUGCGAGGAGGCGGGUCCAAGGUGUCCAUCACGCAAAGAGAAUUCAUGUAUAUUUUUCUACGCGCGCACGCCAGCAGGGCCAGCAGGACCGCCACUUUUCUAGCUUUUAUACAUGGGCGGGGUGUUCUGCCGCCCACCAUAAAGAAUCUAUUUUCACUCAGCGCAGGCGGGCAGGGGGGAGGGGGGUGCGUCACAGAAUGUAUCACGGUCCAAUCAGGUAUUUCCUACGGUGCAAGAGGGCGGCGUGUGCGGUUGGAGCGCGGGUAAGGGUUCACAGGUCAGGGGGUCGAUGUACAGUCCUUACACUUUUUUUGGUUGUUGUCCUUUCCUUCAACUUCACUUCCUGCUUUGGACGCCGCGUCUGGCUCGUGUCCCCCCCACUGACGUCAUUUCACAUUACCGCCACACACACACACACACACACACACACACACACACACACACACACACACACACGGGUCGUGACCCUCCUUAUUGUUGUUUUGGACUUUGAUGGUGCUGAUAUUCACCUGAAACACACACACACGGACACACACACACACACACACACACACACACACACACACACACACACACACACACACACACACACAAACACACACAAACACACACACACAUACACACACAAAGUGAACUGCCUCUUGAUUUUUGUUUAAAUCCUUUUUGCAUUGAUUUGUGCUGGCGUAUGGAUAAAAGUGUAUCUGAAUGACACGUCUAUACCUCUCCUUAAAAACCUUUCCAGCCAUGGACGCUCCCUACUGAUAAUACUGUACUCUUCUACUCUCACUAUAUAGAAAUAUAUAUAUGUAUAAAUAUAUAUAUAUAAGUGUACAUGAUAUAUGCUUGAAAUAUGUGAUCAUAGUUGUAAUAUACAUCAUUGAAUAUACUACAGGAAAAGAAAACUAUUGAAAUCAGUUUGUCAGUUUUUCUCUCAGGUGUUUUUGUCUGAGUUUAAAAAAAAAAAAAAAAAAAAAAAAACACAUAUUAAAAAAUGAUAUGCCAAAAAAAGUCGACAUUUGGUUGCACAGUUUGUGGAUUGUUGCCGGGUGGUGGGAAGGGAAUCUGUUAUUGUUCUACUUUUCAAUCAUGUUUAUUAAAGACGGCUUGACUGAUAAGCCCCGCCCACAUUUAGCUGGACUGUCAUGGCCGACACUUCGCGUGUCCAAAUGUCUUUUAUCUCUUAACAUAUUUGAUCUAUCCAAUGAGCAAUCUUUAUAUUUAUUUUUCUAUCCGACCAUCUAUUUUCUAUCCAUCUAUAUGACUAUCCACCUCUGUGCUGCUAUUAGCUAAAGCGAUGCUAAUGCUAAUCUGAGAACCGUGACAAUCCAAACGUGCUCAGGUGUGUUGAUGACCGCCAUCUUUGUCCUCAUCUUCAUUCCAACAUGACGCCAGACGGUCAGUUUAAACAAUUGUUUUCUUCUCUCUUUUAAUUAAACAAAGCUUGAAAGUAAAAUACCAAAAUGGGAACAAACUUACCACAUUCUGCUGUUGUUUUCUUCCAUUUACUCGCAACCCCCCCACUAACAUGUGACUUUGAAUCCUGGGGUAAAAACACGCGUGUUUGUGUGUGUGCGUGUUUUCUAUUUGAGACUUUGGAACCUUUUUUCUAUGUCAGUGUGCAAUUGUCCGGCUGGGUGCAAUACUCCUUCUCGCCACGUGGGGUUGUUCACAACAUUAACCACAGCCUGGUUGUUUCUCUUACGUUUCCUUGUUGUGACUUAACUACUUCUACUACUCUUACUAAUACAAGUACUAGCGCCACCACGUCACACUUUUAAUGACGACACCAAUAAACCGUUGUCUUUUCCAACCA